UCUUUCAUCAAUUCCCCCAGCUCAUUUUCCCAGCUCCUGUCCCACCGCUCGGACUGGUGAGGGCCCAGCGCUGGCUGAGCCAUGGGCUGGGGGCUCUGGGGGGUCCUGCUCACCUGGGCACUGCUGGCAUGGGUGACAGGGGCUGAGCAAUCCCAGGAAAUCUCGUCCCCUUCAGGGUUUGGAAUGUGCAGCAAGACCCUGAAGCUCUCAAGUCUGGAAGUUCUGCCGGGCGGGGGCUGGGAUAACCUCAGGAAUUUGGAUAUGGGCAGAGUCAUCAACCUGGGCUACUCGCAGUGCAAGACCACAGAAGAUGGAUCUUACCUCAUCCCAGACGAGGUCUUCACUAUCCCCCGCAAGCAGAGCAACCUGGACAUCAAUUCCGAGAUCAUCGAGUCCUGGAAGGAUUACCAGAGCAUCACCUCUGCCUCCAUCAACCUGGAGAUGUCCCUGUUCUCCGUCAUCAACGGCAAGUUCUCCAACGACUUCCACCGCACCAAAACCCACCAGGUGAGAGACCGGGCUGUCACCACCCGGGUGCAAGUCAGGAACUUGGUUUACACUGCCAAGAUUGACCCCGAGGCGGCCCUGGACACGGGCUUCAAGAAGCAGCUGCUGACCAUCGCCAGCCACCUGGAGAACAACCAGACCAGGAUGGCCGAUUUUCUGGCCGAGGUGCUGGUGCUCAACUACGGCACCCACACCAUCACCUCCGUGGAUGCGGGAGCCACCUUGGUGCAGGAGGACCAGAUCAAGGCUACUUUCCUGAAGGACAGCUGGGCCACACGGAGCAGUGUCACCGCCUCGGCCGGCGUGGCCUUCCACAACAUCGUCAAUGUGGGAACCAAGGAAUCCUUGGACGUCAGCUCCAGCUUCACCAAGCAGUACCUGGAGAACCGCACCAACUCCAGGGUGGAGAGCAUCGGCGGGACCCCCUUUUACCCGGGCAUCACCCUGAAGACGUGGCAGGAGAGGAUUCCAAACCAGCUGGUGGCCCUGGACCGCUCGGGGCUGCCCCUGUACUAUUUCAUCAAGCCGAGCACGUUGCCGGAGCUGCCGGCGCCCACGGUGCGCAGGCUGGCCCGGCGGGUGGAGCUCGCCAUCCGCCGCUACUACACCUUCAACACUGCCCCGGGCUGCACCGACGCCGCCUCGCCCAACUUCAACUUUUACGCCAACACCGAUGAUGGCUCCUGCGAGGGCACCAUGGCCAACUUCACCUUCGGGGGAGUCUUCCAGGAGUGCGUGGGCCUGGGCGGUCCCGACACCGGCGCACUGUGCCAGGCGUUGGAGCAGAGGAACCCCCUCACCGGGGCCUUCUCCUGCCCUGCCAACUACACCCCGGUGCUGCUGGGAAUGCAGGAGCGGGAGGAGGGUCACAGCCACCUGGAGUGCCACAACAAGUGCACCCUGGGCAUCUUCUGCCACCGCAAGUGCCAGGACGUCUUCUGGCUCUCCCGGGUGCAGUUCAGUGCCUACUGGUGCGCCGCAAGUGGGCCGGUGGCUCCAAACUCAGGAUACCUCUUUGGGGGACUGUUCAGCACCCACAGCGCCAACCCCAUCACCGGAGCCCAGUCCUGUCCCUCAGGGUUUUUCCCACUGAAGCUCUUUAGCGAGCUCAGAGUGUGCGUGAGCCAGGACUACGAGGAGGGGGCUGUGUAUGCGGUGCCCUUUGGGGGCUUCUUCAGCUGCCAGGCAGGGAACCCCCUGGCUGGGCAGCACCAGGGCACAGCUGAGGACCCCCUCACCAAGGGCUGUCCCCCGGGCUUCAGCCAGCACCUGGCACUGAUCAGCGACAGCUGCCAGGUGCAGUUCUGCGUGAAGGCGGGGAUCCUCACCGGGGGCUCGCUGCCGCCCGCCCGCCUGCCGCCCUUCACCCGGCCCCCCGCCAACCUGCCGGCCGUGGACACCCUGCUGGUUCGGGAUGGGGACAGCACCUGGGUCAGGGACGGCAUGAGCCACGUGUGGCGGCUGGCACGGCCCGAGGAGGUCCAGCACGUGGCCGAAAUGGUGCAGGGCCGGGGGCUGUCAGGGGGACAGGUGGCUGGAGUCACCGUGGCAGUGCUCGCGGGGCUGGCCACCGUCCUGGGGACAGCCUGGUACGGCCACCGGCGCUACAGGGCCAGGGACUACCAAAAGCUGGGCACAGGGGACAGCCUGGACCCUGCCAGCCCCGAGCACAGCACGGUGGUGAGCGUGGGUGAGGGGUACCAGCAAGAGGGAACCGAGGGGAUGGUGCCCUGAGUGCCCCAAAUCCCCAAACCCACGGGAAAAGGAGGGAGCAGAGGGGCCCCGGGGAGGGUUAUCUCCCAAAUCCUGCAUGCUGCAAGCUGCAAACCCCUGUCUCCAUGUAUAUCUAUCGGGAUAGAUAUACACACGCAUGCAGAGAGGCACGGAGCAGUUUUAUUUCAGCCAGCAACUCAUCGUGUAGUCAACAGAGCAUUAAAAAAAGGAAAAAAA